AUCGGCAUUGACAGGCAUCACUGAUGGGCACUGAAAGUCAGCACUCAUAUAUGGCACUGAUAGUCAGCACUGACAGUGGUUAUAAUCAGGGGCAGACUGACAACUCAUGGGGCCCCCGGGAAAUAGGGGAUCAUGGGCCCCUGUGACCUUGCCCAAACUCAAAAAGGCCUAUGAAAAAGGUACCAGGGGCAUCUCAUGGGGCCCCCUACUGUGCCCGAGUUUCCAAAUGGUCAGUCCACCCCUGGUUAUAAUAUUGUUCAGU